CCAGGGCAACAUACCACAACGAAAUGGACUCGUCCGUCGUGACUGAAUUAACGUUACAGAGAGCCAUAACAUAAAUACAUACACCGUUUAUUCAGUGAACGGUAAUAAUGUUUUUUUUCCCAUGCUGGUGCAACAGGAUGUUUGUUUAGCGGACAGUUAAGUUUGCUCCAACGUUUGGAAAAGAAGAAGUUCGAUGAAUUCAGGUUUCCUUCAAAACACAUACAAAAUGACAUCGCCUCAGGUUUCCACGAGGACAAAGAGGUCACCAUUAAAGAAUUAUAAAGUUGUUCUGAAGGAGGAGAAGCAAAGGAGGGUGACUCCAUCUGUUUACACCCAGGAGAUGUUACAGUCUACAGAAGAGCACCUGGCAAACACCAACGAGGUGAACCCGCCCCAUAUCCUGGAACUGUUUGACACAAGCAAGACAAUAAAUCACAAAUUGUCCUCGAUGGAUACAGAUCGGCCAAUUUUUCAGCCGUACCCGUCUGAGCUGGUCUUCCAGAACUUCACUCCGGCACUGACCUACAAGUUACGUCUGCUUCUCCUCAACCAUCACAAGGUAUCGCAACAUGUAAAGUUGGAGCGGCAAAACUCUGAGUAUUUCCAAGUGGCUGGUCCAAAGGAGGCAGGUAGCAAGGUUGGACCAGGAAUGUCAGCUACUUUCAUUGUCUCCUUCAGCCCACAGGAGAACAAGGACUACCAACACAGACUGGUUUUUGUGACGGAGAGAGAGCGGUUUGAGGUCCCAAUCCGUGCCAUUGGACCACGUGCUAUUCUUGACUUUCGUGACGAGUUCAAUCUACCUGUCUGUCCAGUGAAAGCCUUUACAGAAAAAACUCACCUUGUCCGCAACAUAGGAAACAGCAAGGCCAACUUCACGCUGCAAACACAGAGGCCUUUCUCAGUGACGCCCUCCUCUGGGACACUUGAUGUAGGCGAGAGCAUGCAGGUGACUGUGGAUUUCAACCCCAUGACCACAGGAGAGCACAGCCAGGACCUGAUUCUGCACUACCACACUGGUGAAGACGUGUACAUCAGCUUGUUUGGGGCUUGUGUUGAAUUGAACGUCCAUCUGAAGACAGACUCUGUCCUUUUGGAGAAGACCUACAUUUCCCUGGCCACCGUACACACAGCGUCCCUCACCAACACAAGUGAUAUCCCUCUUCAGUACUGUUGGACGACGUGGCCGAGCCUGCAAGAGGAGGCCCUGAGCUUAUUGAGGGAGAGCAUAGAACUCCAGCAGAAGGAGGAGAAAGAACAGUUGCUUUUUCAGUGUGAGUCCGACCCAACAGCGAUCCAUCGCCUCCCGCAGCUUUCCAAAGCCCUGCAGGAACGCAGAAGCCACACUGUGCAGGACCACCAGCUAACCCUCUCACACAGCUGCAUUACUGUGGAACCAGCGGAGGGUGAAAUAUGGCCAAACCUCACAGCACAUUUCACCAUUGUCUUCAAGCCUGAGGAGGCCAAGCUAUACCAACAAACCAUAUAUUGUGAUGUCGCAGGCCGUGAAUCUCGGUUACCUCUCACAAUAAAGGGUGAAGGCAUGGGACCUAAUCUUCAGCUCAACUAUCACCUGAUGAACAUGAAAAAUGUAUUCGUUGGUGACAAAGACUAUUAUGAGGUGGAGCUGUCCAACAAAGGACUGAUUGAUGCCCCAUUCAGGCUGUCAUGUCCUGACACCACUUUUGGCCGCUGUUUUUCUUCAAGUCCUGAGGAAGGCGUUGUUCCCUCUGGGGCCUGCCAGAUUGUUGAAGUCACCUUCCACAGUCGCAUCUUGGGAAGCUUCUCUGAGGACUUGCUGCUGUCUGUCACAGGACAGCCUGAACCACUUACCUUGACUUUCAGGGGUUGUGUCAUUGGUCCCACAUUCCACUUUAAUGUUUCAGAGAUCAAUUUUGGAGAUGUAGGCUUUGGUUUCCCAAGAACAGUGACUUGUUCCAUCUCUAAUGACUCCUUUGUGCCCAUGACCUUUGGCCUGCGUGUCUUGGGUGAUGGCAUUGGGUCUCCCAGCGUGACUUCGGACAGACAGUUGUUCGACAUGUCAAGGAACAUUUGGCAAGUCAGUGCCACUAGAGACCUUCACGCACGGCCUGUGGAGUUCACCAUUACUCCUGCUGCAGGCACUGUGCCUUUCCUGUCAGAUGUCACUAUUGAGGUGACGUUGUGUGCCAACACAGUCAAGACAUACCGACUGGAGCUGGUGGUUGAUGUUGAGGGUGUUGGGGAGGAGAUAAUGAGCAUCCCAAUCAACGCCAGGUGUGUGGUUCCUGAUAUUGUGGUGGAGCCUCCAGUAUUGGACUUUCAAAGGUGUUUCCUUGAUCGACCCUAUGAGCAGCAACUGCGUCUGAUCAAUGCCAGCAAUGUGCCUGCUUGCUACGGUGUGAUUGGCCAGGACUAUGAGGAGAGUCCGUUACUACACUGUGGCAGUUCCAGACCCAGAGGGGUGAUUUAUCCUCACAGUUCGGAGGAGAUUCCCUUGUUUCUGUGCGCUAAGGCUGUUGGAAAGCUGCAUCACACUCUACGCAUUGCUGUGUUUGGCAGCACCCGGCCAUCCUUGGAGGUGGUCUUGUCAUGUACUGGGCAGGGACCAGUUGUCUACGUCGAGAGCCCGAGGCUUGACUUUGGCAGAAUACCGGUUCUCACAGACUGCACUAAAACCCUGCACUUGUCAAACCAGUCACCUGUUCCGGCCCAUUUUACUGCUGGCAUGAGCCGUAAGAAGUCCUUUUGGUGUCUUGAGCCCAGUGAAGGGGAAGUGCCACCAGAGAGCAAGCUGGAGCUCAGGGUAGUGGCGCGCCUAGAGGACACACUUCACUUCGAGGACAAGCUGAAAGUGUCCAUCCAGCACAGCCAAACACACAUUGUCGCUCUGUCUGCCAAGGGCACUGGAACUACAAUUGUCAGUGACAAACCAUUGGGUCCUAGCCUUGACCUAGGCACAUGCUUCAGCCAUGAGUCAUGCCAAUACCACUUCAAGCUCACCAACCAUGGCAAGCGAAGGCAACGGUUGUACUGGUUAACUGAUGACUCCCUGCCUUCCACAAAAACUCGCAAGGUACACUUUUCUGGCCGAACUGUUCUGCCCCCAAUCUCCACUCCCAGGAAGAAGGACAUUUCAGGCUGUAGAUCUUUAUUCAGCGUCAGCCCUCCUCGUGUGGAGCUUUUUCCAGGAUGCUCUGUUGACAUGGUGCUGACGGGAUCUUCAGACUCCCCCAGGGUUGUACAGGAGCGUCUGAUAUGCCGUGCCAUUGUGGGGGACCAGAGCAGUCUUGAGAAGAUUAUGUCUGUAGAUGUUACCUGUCUCUUUAGGGCUACUAUGCUCAGCAUUUCCCCCAAGCAGCUGAACUUCUUCAUAAAGAAGGUCCCAGGAGAGAGUCUAAUACCUAAAUAUGAGAAGCUGAUCUUGACGAAUGUGUCAUCUCUAUCUCUGUCCUUGGAGCUCUCAGUCGUAAAGCCGUUCUCUUUGUGUGAUGCCCCAGGAGCCCAGAUCUCAGCUAUCACAAAGCCCAUGGUUUUAGGUGAUAGGAUGCAGGCUGAGUUGUGGGUCUGCUUUAAUCCAGAUUACUGUCAGGGGAAGGUGUCACGAGUCAUGGAUGAGUUCCUUGAAGUGCACUACUGGGGACACGCACAACAAGAGCAAGUAAAGCUACAUGCUGAGGUCCACUUCCCCAACCUGCACUUCUCCUCAACCACAGUAGAUUUUGGCUGUGUGCUCAACUAUACAGAGACACGUAGACAGAUCUGCAUCACUAACUGCUCCCCACUGCCUGUUUCCUACUAUUGGGUUUUCCUGGAUGACCAGAGGAGAACCAUAAGGGAGACGGAGAGGCUGGACCAGAGCAAUCCUGAAAAUGAGACUGAAGAAGGGCGGAGUUCCUCUACAGCAGCCUCUCCUGCAGAUGGACAGAGCAGCACACAGAGCAUUGCACAGGUGUUUGAUAUCUUGCCUAACUAUGGUAAUCUACCACCUGGAGAGGAGCAACUGGUCACAAUCUUCUUCUCCUGCCAUGAAAAUGUCAGCAGAGAAGUAAUGGCACAGUGCUGUGUAGAGGAGGGCCCUACUUAUGAAAUCAAACUCAAAGGAGAGUCAUCUGUGAUCAGCUACAGCCUGGACUCUUCCUAUAUUGACUUUGGUCUGCAGCUCUUUGAUCAUGAAGCUGAAGCAGAGUUGAUCCUUAGGAAUACUGGCAAAGUGGGCUUUGAAUAUAGCAUCACUGACCCUCAAAGAGAGUAUGAAUCAAAUGUGGGGGCAGGCGGACAAAGGAAGGCCCUGGAAGAGGCUGAGCUGCAGCAGAAUUACUCUGAGCAAAAUACGAAUGGACGGGAGGUCAGACUGGGACAGCCUGUGUUCCUCCCCCCUAUGGGUUACAUCGAUGCUGGUGCAGAGCAGUGUCUCCAUGUGCUCUACCUCCCAGGCUUCCCUGGGGUGUUUGAGAAGCGGCUUCAGCUGCAGGUGGCUCACCAGUCACCGCAGGACAUCACUCUGAGAGGAAAGGGAGUGUUCCCAAGGAUCAGUCUGAACUUGCCACGAAACCUGUCUCAGGAACGCUACAGUGAUGUGAUGCUGCAGGCCAGAGCAGCUGUGGAGGCAGAUAGAGCCAGAGAGGAGCUUAUGAACGAAAUUUCAACUGGUGGAGGAGCAACAACAGAGGGCGACUACACAUUCACCUAUGAAGAGCUGCUUCACAUGGAGAUCGAGAGAAUGCUGGUCAAAGAGAAUGCUCUUGCUGUGACCGGCGGCCUGCUGGAGCUCAGUGACUCACAAGGGUCCUCCAGAAAGUGGCACAAACUUAGCAAGUUGCUGCUCCCAGAGUAUGUUUUGGACUUUGGUUAUGUCAUUCCAGGCCAAGUCCUCAGUCACACUGUAAUUGUCACCAAUACUGAGUCAGUGGACGUGUCCUUCCAUGCCAAUCUCAAACCCCUUGUUGGCACAGGUUUCAGUACAGAAUUUGAAAGAGUGAAAAACCUGCCGUGUGGCCAGACACAGACAUUUACAGUCAAAUUGGAGCCUCGAGGCGCCAACCUGAAGAUGGGAAACAUAAGUGUUCUCAUGCCAAUAAAGGUCACACAUGGUCCAAUGGUCCAGGUGCGGAUGUGUGCGGUGGUAACUGUGCCGGCUGUCACUGUUUCCACUGAUACACUGAUAUUUGACACUGUGCAGUGUGGCAUGUGUCAGAUGAAGACAAUACAGCUGAGUAAUCAUGAGUCUGUGCCCUGCUGCUGGAGCAUCGCUGAGGUGGUUAAGCCUUUCAAAAAGGUAGAUAAGCUCCUGCCUCUCCACCAGCGUAAAAAGAUCUUGCAGGAGCUGCGACCACCUCCAGUUGUGUUUGAGAUGACUCCCAGCUCCGGUUUGCUGUCCCCUGGUGAACGAGUUCAUGUCCAAAUAAAGUUCAGCCCUGCUGAAGGGCAUGAUUACAGCAGGCAGCUUGCAGUCCGUGUGGCUGAGAGCACUCAGCAGGUGUUCCUUACAGCCCAGGGACAAGGUGAAGAGCCACAACUGGAGUUCAGCCCACCUGUGCUGGAGCUGGGGCCUUGCCUGCCUGACAGCACUGAGAUUGAAGCUGAGGUCACCGUCAGAAACCCCUGCUCUUUCCCCAUUGAGUUCUACUGCCUGGAGAUGGAUGCACAGUAUCUCGAGGAAGAAAAGAUCCUGUGUCUGAUGCGGGACUAUGAUGAAAACAACAAACUACUGCUGCCUCCCAGGGCCCCUGGAGAAGGUCUUCCCAAGGAACUGCUUGACUACUACAAGGAGUACUGCUCCCAUCUGAAAGAUGAUGCGGAUCUGGAGGCAGGUUUGGAUGAAAAAGAAAGUGGGAUGGGUGCCACACAUAAGGAAGAAAAGAUGUCAAGGCAAAACGAUGCUGACCUACCAGAGAGUAAAGACGAAGAAAUAAAUACUCUAAAUUUGAAACGCGCUGAAAUUCUCGUUACAGAAAUGACCGAAGAGAGAGGCAGUGGGAGACUGGGGCACCUAGAGAUGACCCCUGUCUCCAGAGCACUUGCCCGUCACAUGGGUGUUGACCUGUCACCUGAAGGUCUGGCUGCACGCAACCGCAGAGGCAUUGCUAUUGUUGUAUACGGAGCCCCACUAACAGACAAGAGCAGCACAGCAGCUGCUCUAGCGCGUCACUACGGAGGGGCGUGCCUAAGUGUUGAUGCUGUGGUUACAGAUGUUCUGAUGAAUGGUACUUCACCUGUUGGACUGACUGCAAGACAGCUUUAUGACUGCGCUGCUGCUCAGUAUGCUGAGAACAAGCCCGGAAACACUGCUCAGGUAAUUGAAGAAACCAAAGAACCAGUACCUGCAGCAAAUCUUGAAGCCUCAGAUUCAGCUCAAGCUUCACAUGAUGCUGUGGAGGUUCUUGCAAAGGACAGUGAUGCCAGCUGCAGUGGAAAUGACUCCAAGGUUCCUCAGGAGAAUGAAAACACACACCUUAACCUAAGUCUGGGAGGAGAUGUGACCACACUUAGCAAUCUCUUGCCUGAACAGCUACUUGUGGAUAUCAUGGCUGAAAGAUUUAUGCAAAGCGAUUGUCUACGCGGCAUCGUGAUCAGUGGCCUGGAGUCCGUGUACACUCAGUCAGUGGCAACAACACUGCAAGUUGUUCUCAAGGCGCUUAACAAUCGCAAACACAUCUAUGUUGUCAACUUAUCUGACUCCUAUGCUGCCCUGAAAGCACGGGAGAGAGCGCAAAGAGAAACUGAGGUGGCUCUGCAGAAAGAGAAAGCUGACAGGGAAGAGCAGUGGCUGCAGGAGCUGGAUGAGGAGGAGUAUGAUGCCCUGCCAGAGGAGGAGAAGGAGCAUAUUGUUCAACAGUACAGAGAGAAACUCAAGCAGAAGAAACUCAGGGAGCUGGAGAGAAAAAAGAAAGAGCAGGAAGAAAAGAAGCACGAGGAAGAGAUGGAGAGGUUGAGAGAAGAAGAGCUGAAGAAGAAGAGCAAGAUGGGUGGAAAAAAGGAUACUAAAGAAGUGUCAAGAAAGAAGAACUUGCUGGAGGGAAAGCAGUCUAGUGUAGAUGAGCCACAGUUGCAGCCCAACAAGUCCAGUGUGGAUGACCCACAGUCACAGUCCAUCAAGUCCAGUGUGGAUGAGCCACAGUCACAGUCCGUCCAGUCCAGUGUGGAUGUGCCGCAGGUGCAGUCCAUCAAGUCUAGUGCGGAUGAGCCGCAGUCGCAGUUCAUCCAGUCCGGUGUGGAUGAGCUGCAGCUGCAGUUCAAUUCAUAUGAGCAGAGGCAAGAGCAGGUGGAGCACAUCCUGCGGCACUGGGACCGAGCCCAGGGUUUGUUGCUGGUCCCACUCCUCAGUGAAGAAACCCAACCAGUGUCACAGGAUGCCAGAGAGACCCCUGUUAGCAAGAGGACCAAGAAAGCCAAUAACAAGGCCAUGUCUCCAAUACCCAUUCAGACGGAGUUAGGGGAUAAAGUGUCUCCACAGGACAUCAUCCCUCACCUUGUGCUGAAUUUGACAGGGAAAGACUAUCGAAGUGUCACAGAGCUGCUGAAAGCCAGCACCCUGCCUCCACUGGAAGAAGUGUUGGAUGAUUUGGGAUUGGGACCGAGUGGCCCACCUAUCCCUCCUCCCACCACCUUCUCAAUGGUUCCUUUCCCCACAAACAGACAGCAAAGUAAAAUUUGCGUUGACUGUUUCACCUUCCUGGUGCCCUCAAGGCUGGACGAACAAGCUGAAGAAAAGAAAGAGGCAGAGGAAGAUGUACAAGCAUCAGUUUUAAAGGAAGAGGCAGCAGCAACACCCUCCAAAUAUCGUGGAAAAGGCAGUCGUAAGGAGAGCGCAGUAGUAAAGGACCAGGAUAAAAAGGGCAGAGAGAGUCAAAGGAGCAAGAAACGGUCACUGGUAAAUGUCUCCUCCCUGCCUGAAAUCGAACCAGCACCAGAAGACCCACACCAAAAAGCCUUAGAGCUGAUGCGCAGCCAGAGCUUGACAACAUUUCGCUGGGUUGUACCGGCCAAUGGUGAGGUGGUUCUGAGGAUAUGGUUCUACUCAGACACCCCAGGGACCUUUGAGCAGAUCUUCAACUUUGAGCUGCUGGGGACCCAAAGACAGUACCAGCUCCUCUGCAGAGGAAUUUGCACCUACCCGUCCAUCUGCAAAGACUACAGGACACUUUUUGCCCUCAGUAAGAAGGUUCCACAAAUAAAAGAGGGGAUCCAGAAAACCUAUGUGGUCAAACCUGGAUACUUCGAGUUUGGACCGUUACUCUGUGGCAAGACCCGAGACAGAUACAAGGAAAACAGAUACCCAGAGAACACAGAGAGACUGGUGAUACUUAACAAUUCAGGCCUGGAGGCUGAGGUCCAGUUCCAGUUCCAGCAGGAUACCCAGGCCACCACAUAUAUGUUGGAUCCCCCCGUCAUGACUCUCAAACCUGGCCAGGAACAGGAGUUGACUGUGUGGGCUUACCCAACAAAACAUGGUCAAAUUAAGGAGAGUGUUGUUUGCAGUAUCAAGGACAAUCCAGAGCCUGUUAUCAUCGACCUCUGCUGUUGGGGUGUUCGACCAGAGCUGAAGCUGGACAGCAAACAUCUGCACUUCGACAGAAUUUUGCUGCACAGGCAGGACAGCCGCCGUGUCAUGCUGCAUAAUGAGACAACUUUGCCGGUUUCUUGGAGACUGCAGGGUGUAGACGAGUUGGGCGAUUGGUUCACUGUGCCACAGGAUCAUGGCAUCAUCUCACCUAAGUCCUCUUUAGCCCUGGUUGUGCACUUCAGGGCCAGGAGGCCACUCCACAUUAAGAAGAUCUUACGUCUGGAGGUUUCUGAUGUGGGGAAGAUUCUCGGCAUCAUACACACAGAAAACAUUCAUGUCACUGCUGAAGCAUAUGAUAUAGCUCUGGACAUCAUACCAGAUGGCUGUCUGGACUUUGGAACCAUCAAAGUCUUUGAAGAGACAAAACUUUCUCUCAGGAUGAAAAACAAGGAAAAAUAUGAAAUAGCCUACAGGUUUACAUUUCAGGAGACUGAACCAACCCAGCCAAGCUUCGACUCAAUUUUCAAGGUGUUCCCUGAGAGUGGUAGACUAUUACCCCAUGACAAGCCCACAGCAGUGCAGAUCCUCUGCAGGCCCAAUACGGAAGUCUUAAUCAGAGAGAAAACGAUUCUGUCAUGCCAGGUCAUUGAACCCUACACUGGACAUGGAGAAGAAAUCAUAACCAGCUUACCAAUCAGUGUUUCAGUCAAGUCUGUCUUCUCCAGGUGUAAGGUCACACCUGCAUGUGACAUCAACUUUGGUCCACUGGUUUUGGGCUGCAAGAAAAACCAGAGCUUCACUAUUGAGAACACUGGCGACUUUGAGACCUGUUUCAGCAUCUGCCGCAUGAUCAUGGAACCUGCUCCAAGACCAGGGGGUCCCGGUAGAAAGUUGCCAGCAGAGAGCAAAAUGAGGCCUGAGUCAUUAAAGAAAGACACGAAAAUUAUUCAGAAUUGCCUCACCGUGGGAGUGUUCUCAGUGUCCCCCUGCACAGGGAGCUUGCAGCCAGGGUCACAGCAGGUGGUGACAGUGAAUUGUGCAGCUGAACAGCUGGGCAGCUGGAACCAGGGGCUGCUCAUUGACAUCAGUGACCGUGACCCCUCAGACCAGCUUGACGGUAUUCCAUACAGACUGUUGGCUGAAGUCUGCAAGCCAGGCAUCGUUUUAGACAUGUCUUCCAUCUUUGAGGAGUACCAUAUAUGCCACAAUAGCGGUCAACUCUCUUCUGAGCAGUUUUGCAAUGCUGAAGGUAUUUAUGUACAAGAGGAGAACAAGUUUGUUUUCAACAAAGUCCUGGUCGGGAGAACUGCUCAGGCCCGCUUCAAACUCACGAACAACAGCAAGGUGCCCUGUGUGCUUAGCCUGGUCAUCAAACAUGUUGGAUCUAAGGCGCUCCGUAAUGUAGAGGUUUUUAAAUUGUCUGCUUCAACACUGAACAUUCCCAGUCAGUCACACUCAUUUGCUGUGGUCACCUUCACACCCCAGACAAUGCAGCUCUACACUGCUGUGUUUGAGGCCACAAUUACAAUGGAGGGAGGCAGCAGAUUGACACCCACAUUUAAGAACAAAGUGCUGGAGUUUGACCUAACUGGAGAGGGCAAUCUACCCAGUGUGUUUCUGGUGCGCCCAGCUUUAAGGAACAGCGAAGGAAGCCCGAUGCUGCAGUUGAGACGGGUAUUGGUAGGGCGCAGACGUACACUGCCCCUGGUGCUGCUAAAUGAUGGAAAUGUUUCAGCUCAGGUCCAGAUUGACAUGCUGGAUAAACAUGGAGUAUUCACCAUUAAAGCUGCUCCUGGUAACACUUGCAGCUCAAUCCACUCUACACAGCUUGAGGGCACCACUGAUCCAGAAAAUCAGGUGGUGCACAGAGUCACACUAAGGCUGAAUGUUAAAGAGCAGGUGGAGUUUGAGGUUAGCUUCUCCUCUGACGAGCCCCUCACUGUCAAGGCCCAGAUGUCCCUGCAGGUGGAGGACAACCAAUACAGUAAUACCAUAAUACAAGUGACUGGAGAAGCUUACCAGGAAACCAUCUCUCUUGACAACAUCAGCAGAUCAUCACAGGAAAUGGAUCAGGAAGAUGAUGAUGGAGGUAAUUAUGAUGUGCUGAAUUUUGGGGACUGUCAUGUAGAUUGCGCCUAUCAAGAAAGUUUCACCAUGACUAACCACAGCAGCAGCCAGGUCAUGAAGUUUGAGUGGCCUUCCUCCGGACCCAAUGUCUGCUUUUCACCACAGGUCGGGCACCUUCAUGCUGGCUGCUCUAAGGAAGUGACCGUCACCUUUUGUUCCAGUCAGCCUGUGACUCUAUCCAGCCAGCCAAUGAGCUGCAAGAUUUGUCAGGUGGAGUUUCAGCAGCCAUUAGAGCAGGUGGCUGACUGGGAUGACCGACAGAGGACAGUGAAGUGGCUGAGUUCCUCCAAGGAGGAUUCACCACAGCAGCAUGUGAAGGAUAAGGUGAUCGAGAGAGAUCCUGAGCCCUGCUGCUCUGUGGUCGAGGGCUCCCAAUGGGAGUUAGAACUGCGUAUCAGAGUAGUUUGUGACUAUGUGAAGUUCAGUUGCAACACUGACACCAUUCACUUCAAAGACACCAUGCUUUACCAAACCAGGCUCCACAAAAUGCAGAUAAUAAAUCAAGGCACUGUCAAACUAGAAUUCUCCCUGCAAGUCCACAUGGAUCCAAGCAACAAGAUUAUCAGCCACGGCCAAGGAGAUGAGACUCCUACCUCUCGACCAGGCAGCAGGUCAGCAGGAAUAUUACCUGGAGCCCGUCCUGCCAGCGCCCUGGCCAGCGUUAUGUCUGUUCUCAUGGGAAAUCCUGAGCGCCUGCCCUUCAGUGUUGAGCCCAACAUAGGGGCCAUAGAGCCUGGUGCAUUGCAGAAUUUCAAUAUUCGUUUUUCACCCUUGGAGGUUGGCCAGUUUCAGGGCAGGCUGCUCUGCAGUAUUCCCAACUUGCAGGAUGGGGAUGUAGCUCCUUGUGUCUUGGUGUGUGGCCGCAGCCUGUUGCCCCACUGUCACUUUGACCUGGAGGACUCAGACUACAUCAAUGGGAUCCGCUGCAACUCUGAAUUUACGGGCCCUCUGGACCCUAACACCAGGGUCAUAGAGUUCAGUGCUGUUGGCUUGUCUGUUCCAUCAGUGAGACGUUUUAGUGUGCUGAACCCAACCAGUAAAUCCUAUUCAUUCAAGUGGAGGUGUGACGACACAGGCAGCAGCCCAUUCUGCUGCCUCACCCCUUGUGGUACCAUCAUGCCCGGGAAGAAAGCGGAAGUGUGUUUUGAAUAUGUAGCUGAGCAGAUGGAUGCUGUGGAGUCAUUCUGGAGCUUUGUGAUUGAGACUCUUUCACUGUCUGUUCCCUUCCUGUGUGUGGGCACCACUAGAGACCCACUUGUCUAUCUCGAGAGACCUCACCUUGACUUUGGAGAACUGCUUGUUGGUCGCACAGUGGAAAAGACAGUGAAUGUUGUGAAUGGAGAGCCGGAGCCCUUCCACUUCACUGUCAUUCAGUCAUCUCUUCUGUGUGAUGACCAGCAGUCCAGCCUCAAUUUGCAGCCCUUGAGUGGAACAGUGGCACCCAAAGACAGGUUGCCAUUGUCAGUGUCCUUCACACCUUGCCGAGAGGGCUGUGUGAGCUUCAGAUUGGUGCUGAAGGUGAAGAGGAAGUCAGAGCCACUUGCACUCACAGUUAAGGCCGAUUGUUUUACCAUGAGCACUUCUGUUCAAGUUGAGGAGCCAGGCAGAGGCCUCAGAGAGAUCGACCCUAACCACCAAGACAUUCUAGACUUUGGAAAGGUGGAGAUUUUAGGGCAAUCCACCUUUAAUUUCCUGGUGUCAAAUCUGGCUCGAUUUAGUCAGGAAGUGAGCUUGGACCUGUCAGGACCCAGAGAGGUGCUGCAAUUCUUGGAAGCAAAACCACAAAAUGCUGCUAUUGAAGCUGGGAAGCAGCUGCAGGCAUCAUUGUUCUUUUGUCCCCAGAGAAUUUGUAACCUACAGGAAGUCAAACUGAGCGUCAAGGUAAAACUUGGGACAACAUUUUCCUUUGCCAUCAAAGGCAGGGCUGUAGCACCGAGCCUUGAAUUCUCCUUCACCAAGCACAACUUCGGCAAGUGCUUUCUGUACUGUCCUGGCAUGGUACCAGCCUCCAAGACUCUAGUAAUCACCAACAAAGGCGAAAGGGACAUCAGUGUCCAAUCCCAGUUCGAAAACAGAUCUUACCUAGAGAUUGGCUUCCAACAAGCUAUCUUGUCUCCUGGUGCUGUGAUGGAGGUACCGGUGAACUUCUAUCCUUGUGAAACGUGCCGUUACCAUGAAAAACUCACCUUCAUCUUAAACAGCUGUGUCACAAAACAGGUGGACAUACUGGGACAAGGCAUUGAGAUGAAGCUGGAGGUAGAGGAUCCCAGGCAGAGGAAAGUUAACCUGAGAUCACUGAUGCUGGGGCAGAAGGUGAAGAGACAAGUGGUUCUGGUUAACCGUAGCACUUUAGACGUUUCCUUUACCCUGCUGCUCAACACAAACACAUCGCUGGACUCAAGGGAUUUGUCCUUCACUCCAACAGGUGAGGUGAGCCUGAAAGCCAAUGGUGGGUCAUGCACUGUUGAGAUUCAGUUUUUGCCUCGUCAGCACAUAGCUCCCUUCAGUGCUGAGCUGCAGGCAGAUUUUGCAGGCCUGUUACACCCCCUAGUGACCAUCCAAGGAUGCUGCCAGGGCGUGGAGGUCCAGCUGGACCAGGACUACUUGGCAUUUGGAGCUGUUGUCCAGCGCUGCCAGGCCAGGAAGAGGAUUGUCAUGAUGAACACUGGAGACAUUGGCGCCAGGUUUCAGUGGAAAACAGAGAGUUUUCCUGCAGAGUUGUCGAUCGUGCCAUCUGAAGGAUACAUCUGUCCAGGCAAGGACGUUCCUCUUGAAGUGACUUUUGCUCCUGUGGAACUGAGUAAUGACACAAGAUAUGAGAACCUGUCCUGCUGUGUGAAGGGCUCCACCUCACCUAUAACCCUCACUGUAACAGGAUCCUGCAUCGUAGCCUCCACUAGCAAAGAGGUGGUGAAUUUUGUUUGCCCAGUACGUGGCUCACACACCCAGACCCUGCCUGUUUUCAACCCCACAAACCAGCAUUGCAGCAUCAGACCUGUCAUAGAGGGUGAGCAGUGGAGCGCCGCACCCUCUGUGGUCCUUGAACCACUCCGGAACAAGACAUAUGAGAUCACCUACCGGCCACUGACCAUGACUACUGAUGGAAAGAAACACCUGGGGUCAGUCUUUUUCUCCUUUCCUGAUGGGACAGGCAUGCUGUACUCCUUGCAGGGAGCUGCUGAGCCUCCCAAAGCAAAGGACACCAUUGUGCAUGAACUGCCUGCUAAGACUCACCACACACAGCUGCUCCCUGUGCACAACUGGCUCUCUAAGCAACAGCGGUUCCGUGUGCUAAUUGAGAUCCUGAAACCUGACAAGCCAGAUGCUACAGUGUCCUUAAAGGGUCUAGAGUAUAUUGAUGUCCCGGCUUUGGCCAAGAGAGACUACAAGAUUUCUUUCUUCACAUACAGAGAGGGGCAGUACAACACCAAGGUGACGUUUCGUAAUGUGGCGUCUGGUGAGUAUCUGUACUACCUUGUUACCUUCGAGGUCACACCUCCAGAAGUCCUGUCCACCAUAAAGCUGGUGACAGCUGUACGUCGGAUGGCCUCUGCAACUGUACAGGUGGAGAACCCCCUGACUACAGCUACCUGCCUCACCACUGAGUGUAAAUGCCCUGACAUCAGUGCCCCACCUCAGCACACUGUGCCAGGACAGUCCAAGGGUUCUAUGAGUUUUGAGUACCAGCCCAUGCGUGCAGGCGAGUCGACAGCCAGGCUGACACUUUGUAGUAAUGAUCUGGGCUGCUUCCACUAUGAUCUGCUUCUCACAGCACUGCCCCCGCCACCAGAGAAAACCGUCCACUUCAACGCUUCUCUGGGCAGCAGCCACUCCCUUAUUGUGAAGUUCAUAAACUACUCCCGCUCCAAAACUGAGUAUUCAUGCAAGACUGAUUGCCUGGACUUCACUGUGGACAAGAGUGUCUUUGCUUCUCCGGGUUUCCAGGCGGGGUCAGAGACCAGCGUGGAGGUUUGCUUUGAACCUCAUCAGCUGGGGGAAGUGAGAGGCCAGCUCAACCUGUCCUCAGGCAUAGGAGGCGAAUACAUAUUUCCAUUAAUUGGGAUCUGCCUCCCUCCUAAAGCCCAGGGCCCGUUUAGCAUCAAGGCCGGACGCAACAUCAUUAUCCCCUUCAAGAAUGUAUUCCUACAGACCACUGCUUUCUCUUUUCAGGUGGACAGACCAUAUUUUACUGUCAAAGGAGUGGACACCAUCCCCUCCAAAAACACCCAAAACAUCCUGAUAUCCUUUGAGACCCCUCCAGGAGACUCUCCAGGGCCGUGGUUUGGCCAGCUGACCAUCUCCAGCCAGCGCUCCGAGGGCCACCGCAAACCUUGUUUUUGGGUUUAUUACCUAAAGGGAUACCGCGCCGGGUCACCUUAGAAAGAAAUGGGUGCACACAUGCAUUAGGCUGUGCAGACACACAUUAAAAGAACAAACACUACACGAGAUGUGCACUGACAACCAGUUGGACCAACUUUUUUAGGAUGCUUCAUUUAUUCAAUACCCGAACUCUGAUGUUAAUUCCAAAAAUACAAGCCACAAUUUCCUUUUUUGUGUUAUCAGUUAAUAAUUUUUCACAAUUGUGUUCUAAAAAUAUAUUUUAAGAAUAAAACCUACAGAGAAAACAUU